UCAAACUAUCGUGCUAUUCGUGAUUUUCUCUUCCAUCGCUUUUUGCGGCUGUUGGUUAUGGCGCGAUCGAAAAAUUCACCUCGCUUUACGCCACCUACCGGGUCCACCCAGUUUACCGCUGCUCGGGUCCAGCUACUUGUUUUUCGCCACCAGGGUCACCCGAUUCGGUUCUAUCUCGGGACAGUGCCGUUUGUUAUCAUUAGUCGACCGGAGGAUGCUCGAGCUAUCCUAAGCUCUACAUCAGGCCUCGAAAAACCGUGGAUUUAUCGGUUCACCCCUUUGGAAGGAAUUUUCUCGCUCCCGCUCGGGCAGUGGCGUUUACACCGGAAAAUAAUUCAGCCUAGCUUCAACUGGAAUGUCUUGAGAAGUUUCAUACCGUUGUUCAAAACGGAAGUGGACGUUCUUUUGGAAAACUUACACACGAUGGCCAUCCAAGGAAACGCGUUCGAUAUUUAUGGUUUUGUUUCGGCUUGUACACUGGAUAUGGUAUACGCUACUACCCUGGGUAUGGACAUGAACAUACAACGACAACCGCGCUGCGAUUAUCUGACUAUUCAAGAUGAACUGUUCGAGCUGGUAACAAAACGAGUAACAAACGUGCUGUUGCAUCCUGCCUGGAUCUAUCACUUCACUAGCUAUCAUCGACGAGAAACCAAAGCGAGGCAAGUUUUUACCGAGCCCGCUAAAGAAGUUUUACGCCUCAAACCAAUUGAAAACCAACUUUGGGAGCACGCUGAGGAGAAAAGAAUCGAGCCUCAAAUUCUAAUCAAGCAACUUUAUGAGGCCGCCAGAAGUGAAUGCCGUUUCGAUAGAAAUGCUAUCGAAAAGGAGCUGAACACGAUUAUAUUUGGUGGGAAUGAAACCACAGCAACAACCGUAGCCAACACAUUGCUGUUAGUAGCAAUGCACCCGCAGGUCCAGGAUAAACUAGUAGCAGAAUUAGAAACGGUUUUCGGAAAUAAUCGAGAUCAAAUUACCUCUGAACAACUGCAACAGCUAAAAUACAUGGAAAUUGUUCUAAAAGAAUCCAUGCGAUUAUUUCCUGUCACUACGAUUCUGGGUCGAAAAACAUGUAAUGAGGUUCAGCUGGACCAAAUAACGAUUCCGGCUGGAGUUAACAUUGCUAUCGAUGUGUUCAACAUCCAUCGAGAUUCACACAACUGGGGCUCAGACGCUGACAAGUUUAUACCGGAGAGGUUUCUACAAUCUCAACAUCAUCCUUUUGCGUUUUUAGGAUUCAGUGCUGGUCCACGAAAUUGUAUCGGUAAACGAUAUGCAUGGAUUUCCAUGAAAAUUAUCCUAGUCGGUGUAUUGCAGCGCUUCAGGUUGUCAACAGAAUUACACUUGGAUGAAAUUCGCCUCAAGGUAGCAAUAACGGUCAAAUUAAUGAAUAAGCACAUGAUUACACUCCCUGUUCGUUCCAACGAAAAUUAAAAAAAAAAGAUUAGUUCUUUACAAUUAAAAAAAUCUAGACUCAUUGAAAUUAUCUGUAGUUUUUAUUACAAUUCGUUGUUACUUCCUAGGUUGUCCAGUUUCAUAAUCACAUCAUCAGGAAUAUCCAAUGUCUUUAAAUUAUCUUCACCAAUUUCAUCCUCCGUCCUGUAAAAAUAUGU